AUGGCCGAACUUUUGCUCUCUGCAAUCCUUCCUGUGUUGUUUAAAAAACUGGCGUCCCCUGAGUUAUUCAAUUACUACGCUAGUAAAGGAUGGGUGAAUUCCGAGCUGAAAAUGUGGGAAAAGAAGUUGAAGAAAAUUGAGGCGGUUCUCUGCACUGCAGAAGAGAAGCAACUGAUGAACCAGGCUGUGAAAAUGUGGCUGGACGAUCUUCAAGACUUGGCUUAUGAUGUGGAGGACUUACCGGAAGAGUUUGCCUUUGAAGCUGCACGGCACAGCUCCAAUCCUAUUUUCAAGAAUUUCACUCCAGUUGCUAUUAAGUUCGAUUUGAACCUGCGAUCCAGGAUAAAAGAUAUUAAUAGGCGGUUCGAAGUUCUCUAUAAUGAAAGAGCUCAACUUGGAUUAAUGCAGAAGAACUUUGGAGGUAUAUCAAGUACCGCGCUUCCUGCUCAGCAAGGACUUGAUCCAAGACCACCAAGCUCUAGUCUGCCAACUGAACCCGCUAUUUACGGGAGAGAUGAAGACAUAAAGGAAAUCCUUAAGAUCUAUCGUGGCUUGGGAGGACUUGGAAAAACUACGCUUGCUCGAGAAGUGUAUAACGACAAGACACUGGAACAUCUCAAGUUUGAGAAGAAAGUAUGGGUUUCCGUUUCACACAAUUUUGAUGUUUUGAGCAUCUCAAAGUCAAUUCUGGAGUCAAUAAGACCUACAUCUAGCAAUCUGAAUACUUUAAAUGAAGUGCUAGAUAAACUGAAAGAGGAAAUACAUGGAAGAAAAUUCUUGCUAGUCUUAGAUGAUGUCUGGAAUGAGAAUUACAGCUUAUGGGAAACCCUGAAGUCUCCAUUCAAGGAUGGUGCAACGGGAAGCAAGAUGAUUGUUACUACUCGCAAUAAAAGAGUAGCAUCAAUGAUGGGAUCCUCUAAACCUUAUGAUUUAAAGCCUAUAUCAGAUGAAGAUUGUUGGAGCUUGUUUUUGAAGCAUGCACCAUUGAGUGGUAUGGACAAUAUUGAUGCUCUCAGAAUAACCAGUUUAUUUCGGGAGAGAGUUGUUAAAAACUGUGGAGGCUUGCCCUUGGUGGCAAAGGCUCUAGGUAGCCUUCUACGUCAUGAGCCGAGAGUUGGUGCAUGGGAAAAUAUAUUAAAUAACAAAAUAUGGGAUUCACCUGAUCCAAGUACCGUUCUUCCUGUGUUACGAUUAAGCUACCAUCAUCUUCCUUCACAUUUGAAAAGGUGUUUCGCUUAUUGUGCAAUUUUUCCCAAAGAUUAUGAAUUUGAGGAGAAGGAACUUGGCCUUUUGUGGAUGGAAGAAGGUAUUAUUCACCAAUCAACUAAGCAAAUGGAUUUGGCUGGUGAGUAUUUUCGUCAUUUAUAUUCAAGUUACCNGAAGCAUGCACCAUUGAGUGGUAUGGACAAUAUUGAUGCUCUCAGAAUAACCAGUUUAUUUUGUGAGAGAGUUGUUAAAAACUGUGGAGGCUUGCCCUUGGUGGCAAAGGCUCUAGGUAGCCUUCUACGUCAUGAGCCGAGAGUUGGUGCAUUGGAAAAUAUAUUAAAUAACAAAAUAUGGGAUUCACCUGAUCCAAGUACCGUUCUUCCUGUGUUACGAUUAAGCUACCAUCAUCUUCCUUCACAUUUGAAAAGGUGUUUCGCUUAUUGUGCAAUUUUUCCCAAAGAUUAUGAAUUUGAGGAGAAGGAACUUGGCCUUUUGUGGAUGGCAGAAGGUAUUAUUCACCGAUCAACUGAGCAAAUGGAUUUGGCUGAAAUUGAUGACUGCAAAGGAGUGAUGUGCAAUAGUACUAUUUCUGCUGACUUCCCAUCUGUAAAUUCUAUGACUAGUUCAAGUAAUUCUAAGUUUGGAAAUUGGAUAAAGCAGGGAUUUCAAAAAGUUGUAAAGAUUGUUGGUUGGAAGGAUCUGAUGAAUUUAUGGCAAGAUUUGAAUUGUGUUGAGAAGCCACUAAGUGGGAUUCAUGGUCUUAUCUUCAUUAAAGAGUUGUAUAUUGUAAGAUGUACAAGUAUUGUUUUUUUUACGGAGAUCAAUCUUCUUCCCAAUUUGAGUUCUCGUACAAUUAGUAAUUGGGAGGCUUUAGAAUCUUUUCUUGAAGUAUUGAAGCAAAGCAAUUUGGAGAGCCUUGUAAUUAGAGAUUUUGAUUCACUAACACAAAUUGCAAGAGACACGCUGCCGCCAUCUCUUACAAAGCUUGAGAUACGAAAGUGUGAGAACUUGAAAGAAUUAGAAGAUUUCAGUACUACUCUGCUUGAGUCUUUGUCCAUUUAUGACUGUCUAUCUCUCAUUGGAAAGCAAGUGAAUAGCGGAAAUCCCACAGUUGGAUUUGAUAAUUUGCAUAAGAGAGCAAGAGAUUUUCGCAAGCUUGGAGUUUUGGCCUUCCAAACCAGCGUUUUUCCGAUAUUCGAAGUAGAAGCCAUUUUCGUACUCCGAGAGACCAGUAGAAUGGACCCCUCAACGACCAGAUCCGAGGAAGGAACUGAUUCAUCCUCGCAGGGUGCUCUGCGUGCCACUCCUAAGGUCUACUCGGUACUUACCGGGGAAGAACUCGAGAGAGUGAUAAAACAAUACGGUAUUGACAUGGAGGUUUUUCGCGAUGUGGCUCGCUCAUUGCGAUACCCACCAAGUGGGAUGGCCGCAAUCUCUGAAGAGAUCAUCAAGGGUGGGGGAUUGAUCCCCUUCCACCCUUUUAUCAGGUCGAUCUUGGAUCACUUCGGGAUAGCACCGAUGCAGCUCACUCUGAACGCGUAUGUUAUUACUGUUGCCAUGUACAUCACGUGUCGUGAGAACGGGCUGGACGAGCUAACCGCGAUGGAGCUCGGCUGCUCGUAUUUCUUGAAAAAGAGCAAUGACAAGGAUUCUUAUUACUUAUCUAGGUGA